CUUGUCCUGCACUUGCUACGAAAUCUUGCUCUCUUUCUACACACUUGGGAUAGCGAUGAGGUGGACGGCUCCACCAACCCGACGUGAAGUUUCCCUCGCGCUAUUCUCCCUCAUCGUCUUCGCUCUUUCAUAUAAUAUCGACUCUACAGUACGCAUCGUUGGCGUCAGCCGAGAGAACGCGGUCUUGUCCCGGCUUGGUUUCGGCGGCAACAGUGCGCUGGGUCCAGACGGGAUACGUAUUUCCGGUGCACAGGACGCGUUGGAGCGAGCCAUAUACGGCGAAUGGGCCUGGCAGGAAGGAGAGGUCGCCGGAGAUGCUGCUGGCUCUGGUCAGGCCAAGGGUGUGGGCCGUUUCGGUGCCAUGUGGUUAGGGAAACGCGAUAUUGGGGAAGUCAGAAGUCGGACAUUGGGGCAGUUAACCGUGGAUCAGGCUAUCUGGCGGUGGGGCGACGACGUGCCCAGGGGCAAAGUGGUUAAGCAUGUUCCUGGCUACACAACAGUGGACAAUAUUAUUUUAUUCAAUGGGACCAUGAAUAUCGUUACCGAAGAUCCCGAAAGCGUACCGCCGCUGUCGCAUAUAGUCUUAUCCACAGACUUGAACAAAUGGAACGUCCUCACACCUGAUCAAGCGCGACGUAAAUUCGGAUCCUACGGCGGAAGAAUCUCCGGUGUUUCUUGGAUGGGAGCAGACUCUUCCCCGCACAAUUCGACCCUGAUUGCUCUAUGGCGGGCAUACAGCAUGCUUGAUCCUGACAUCGGACCCGAUGGAGUUACCAAGUUGUCUCCUCCCCGACGACUAAUUUAUCCCUAUUAUGGAUUCUUCACCGACCCGAAUCCGGUGCACGCCGAUGUGACCACGAGACGACAGCGAGUGGUCAAUGGAAUUCACCCUGAGCUGGUGAAAGCUGCUUUCCCACAUCUGACUGUCAUGUACUACGGAGACUGGGAGGAUUACCACAAGCUGGGAGCACCGUUUGUUUUUGACCGACUGGUCGUAGCAGACCGGACGGCCGCUACCCAUGGGGUCCGGGAUGACGAGGCUAUUUACGCUGCAGCUUUCAAAGCGCAGGGACCUUCAGAACAUUGGUGGGAACCAGUGCGCCGGACGUUAGCAACGUACUUCGAGGUCUACGGAGCCCAGGCACCGAAGAAGGUCGUCACAUAUGUCUCUCGACAGUCUCAUGCAGAUGGACUCCGACUCAGUCCCAGCGACCACAACGAAUUUGUUGCAGCUUUGAUGGACCUGGAGCGGGAUGGUAUUGAAGUGCAUGUUGUCUCCGAUGUUGAUGGCGAGACAUCCUGGAGUGACCGAUUGCGUGCAAUCACGCGCUCAACAGUUGUGGUCGGUGUUCAUGACAAUGGCUUAGUGGACUGCGCCUUCAUGCAGCGGAAUCCGCAAGCCACAUUGAUGGAACUCUUCCCACCUCAGACUUUCGCCCGAGAUCAGGAAAUCAUCGCUCGAUCGCUCAACAUCCAGUACAUGGCCUGGUGGAACGACAAACGAUUUACAUCCGACAAUCUUCCCGUUGUCUCCCCUCCCCAUGAUCACCAUACUGAUUACGCCAGCGUGUCCCUUCAUCAUUACACUUAUUCUACGGCCAUGUCUUCACCCGGACAACUCCCUCCUGGCUGGAUCGCAGAAUGGAAUGAAGCGAACCAGCGAUACCUUUUCGUCGAGACGGCAUCCGGCCAUACACAAUGGGAAGAGCCAACUGGUGCUCCUCAAUCUCAAGGGCCUCCCGAAGCGAGCGUGCCGACUGCCGCGACACAUGGACACGGAAAACGACGCCAGUAUGCUGCAGGUCAGACUCAGGCGUACUAUAGUACCGACCAGCUCAGUACCGCGGGUGCCGGAUACUACAGCGGCGCGAGCAACGAGAGCACUUUGGUCAGCCAGGAAGCCGGCGGGCAGCUCUUCACACCCGGUCUUGCUGGGGAGGGACAGUUCCAGUCGCAGCAACAGGCCCCCGGCCAGCCCCAAUAUUUCCAGCCCGAUCAGGGUGCGGGAUACGCGCAACAGCCUAUGGGGUAUGGACAGCAGCAGCCUGCUUACGGGCAACAGCAGCCACCUGCCUUUGGCAAGAGCCCGAUGGACAACCUCACCAACCAAUUUGGCUCGAUGGGAAUGGGUGGACAGAAGCAGUUCCAACUGAACACGGUCAAUCUCCUCACCUCUCCUCCGGAUCCACGAGACCUGCACGUACCACCCCCUGAGAUUCGUCUCCCGCCGGGCUCCAGUCUGUCGCCUGCCCCGACUGCCGUUGCCGACUAUUCAUACCAGCGCCUCACCAUGAACGCGGUCCCCACGACAUCCUCGUUACUAGGAAAGUCCAAGGUCCCUCUCGCAUUGGUCAUCACUCCCUACCGCACACUGGACGAGGGCGAUGAAGCCAUCCCUCUUGUUUCUGAUGUUAUUGCUCGGUGCCGGCGGUGCCGUAUGUAUAUCAACCCAUACGUCCAGUUCAUCGAUGGGGGCAACCGCUGGCGUUGCUGCAUGUGCAAUAUGUCCAAUGAGGUCCCGCAGACGUUCGAUUGGGACCAAGCUCGCGGGCAGCCUGGUGAUCGUUGGCAACGAGCUGAAUUGAACCACUCAGUCGUGGAGUUUGUUGCGCCGACGGAAUACAUGGUCCGUGCACCCCAGCCGGCGGUGUACGUAUUCCUCAUCGACGUCAGCCACUCUGCGGUUCAAUCCGGAAUGGUGGCAACGGCAACUCGCGCUCUCCUGGAAAACCUGGAUCGAAUCCCGAAUGAUGAGAACAUGACGAAGAUUGGUAUUAUCUGCUACGACGUGUCUCUCUACUUUUUCUCUAUGGUCCCGGGCAGCACAGAAUCUAGCAUGUUGGUUGUGUCGGAUGUUGAUGACGUCUUCCUCCCUAAGCCAACUGACCUCUUGGUGAACCUGACCGAGGCACGACCUGCAUUGGAAGCUCUGUUGGGUACCAUUGGGGACAUGUUCAAGGACAACAACAUCAUCGGGAGUGCUUUGGGCCCUGCUUUGCAAGCUGGUUCGAAGCUUAUGGCUCCGAUCGGCGGUAAAAUCUUGGCGCUCGCUUCCAGCCUUCCAUCUGUCGGCGAAGGAGCUCUGAAGAAUCGUGAAGAUCCCAAAAUUCUAGGAACGAGCAAGGAGUCGUCACUGCUGCAGGCCGCCAACUCGUUCUACAAAACGUUUGCGAUUGAUUGCUCAAGAGCACAGGUCACGGUGGAUAUGUUCCUGUUCAGUGCUGGAUACCAGGACGUUGCGACACUAGCCAAUCUGCCGCAUUACACGACCGGUAACACCUACUAUUACCCGGCUUUCAACGCCGCACGAUCGGAGGACGCGAUCAAGUUCGCUCACGAGUUUGGAGAGGUUGUGGCCAUGCCUAUCAUGCUGGAGUGCAUCACCCGUGUCCGUGCAUCUAGGGGCCUUCGGAUGGCAUCGUUCCACGGCAACUUUUUCGUCCGAUCGACAGAUCUGUUGGCGAUGCCGACCGUCCCUCAGAACCAGUCGUAUGCCAUCGAGGUGGAGAUCGAGGACACGUUGACGACUCCGUUCGUGGUGCUCCAGACUGGCAUGCUCCACACAACAUGCUUUGGCGAGAGACGACUGCGUGUGGUGACCACUGCCUACCCUACGACCAGCAACCUUUCCGAGGUGUUCGCUUCCGUGGACCAGAUCGCGGUCGCGACUUUGUUGGCGAACAAAGCAGUGGAGCGUUCUUUGUCGUACAAGCUGGAGGAUGCUCGUGACUACAUCUUCAAGAGACUGGUCGACAUCUUGAUUGCUUACAAGAGCAGUAUGACGGCUGCUGGAGCUGGAGCCAGUGCCCAGCUUGCGAUUGCGGAGAACACCAAGAUGUUGCCGGUGCUGGUCCUCGGCUUGCUCAAAAAUGUCGGCAUCCGGCAAAGUGCUCAAGUCCCGCCGGACAUCAGGGCUUACUCCCAAUCGCUGCUCACGUCGCUGCCGUCUCAGCUCCUGGUUCCGUACCUUUAUCCUUGCUUCUAUUCUCUGCACACGAUGCCGCCCGAGGCUGGCACCGUGGGCGAACAGGGUGUGAUUAUGCCUCCGGCCCUGCCUUUGACUUCGGAGAGAUUAGAACGGCAUGGUCUUUUCCUGAUUGAGGACGGGCAGGUUAUCUUCCUGUGGGUGGGACGAGAUGCCGUGCCCCAAUUGAUCAUGGAUGUAUUUGAUCUGCCGAAUUACGACAGUCUUCGGGGUGGGAAGACGACGCUGCCGCUGUUAGACAACCCGUUCUCGCAGCGGGUGAAUGCUGUGAUCCAGAAGACGCGUGAGAUGCGGCGUGGGGUGUUCUACCCUCAUCUGUACGUCGUCAAGGAAGAUGGCGAGCCGCCUCUGCGUCUGUGGGCUCUUAGCUCGCUCAUCCAAGACCGCGCGGAUGUGCUUCCAAGCUACCAACAAUUCAUCAACCAGCUCAAGGACAAGGUGCCGUAA